GCGGCCAGCGCCGGUAGCUCGUGUCAUUCCCGGUUGGGUAAGGCGGCGGCGGCGGCAGCGGCGGCGGAGUCGGAGCGGACGGCGGCAAGGGCAGGCUUUGCCUAUGAAAUGAGACCAUGACAACUGAUGAGGCUACAAAGAAGGAAGGCGAGGUCCAAGCAGCAACUCUUGCUGAACAAGGUGAAGAUAUAACACCAAAUAAAGAUCGAGGAGUUCUGAAGAUUGUGAAGAGACCAGGAAAUAAGGAUGAAUCUCCUAUGAUUGGAGACAAAGUUUAUGUCCAUUACAAAGGAAAAUUGGCCAAUGGAAAAAAGUUCGAUUCCAGCCGUGACAGGAAUGAGCCAUUUAUCUUCAGCCUGGGCAAAGGUCAGGUUAUCAAAGCAUGGGAUAUUGGGGUCGCCACCAUGAAAAGAGGAGAGAUCUGCCACUUGCUAUGUAGGCCAGAAUAUGCAUAUGGCUCUGCUGGUAGUGUCCCAAAGAUCCCCUCAAAUGCAACCCUCUUUUUUGAGAUUGAAUUGCUUGAUUUCAAAGGGGAGGAUUUAUUUGAUAAUGGAGGCAUCAUUCGUAGAAUCAAGCAAAAAGGUGAAGGAUAUUCUAACCCCAAUGAAGGAGCAGCUGUUCAGAUUCAAUUGAAAGGGUUUUGUGAUGGCAGAAUGUUUGAUUGUAGAGAUGUAGCGUUCACUGUUGGAGAAGGGGAAGACCAUGACAUUCCCAUUGGAAUUGACAAAGCUCUGGAGAAGAUGCAAAGGGGAGAACACUGUAUCUUGCAUAUAGGAACACAAUAUGGGUUUGGUGAAGCUGGAAAGCCUGUAUUUGGCAUAGAACCAAAUGCUGAACUUGUAUAUGAAGUUACAUUGAAAAGCUUUGAAAAGGCCAAAGAAUCUUGGGAGAUGGACACCAAAGAGAAACUAGAACAGGCUGCCGUUGUCAAAGAAAAAGGAACUGUAUAUUUUAAGGAAGGCAAGUACUUGCAAGCAGUAAUUCAGUAUGGGAAGAUUGUAUCCUGGUUAGAAAUGGAAUAUGGCUUAUCAGAAAGGGAAUCUAAAGCUUCAGAAUCUUUAUUGUUGGCAGCCUUCCUCAACCUUGCUAUGUGCUACUUAAAGCUACGGGAAUACACUACAGCAAUUGAGAACUGCAAUAAGGCAUUAGCACUGGAUCAAGCCAAUGAAAAGGGCUUGUACCGAAGAGGAGAGGCAAGACUGCUCAUGAAUGAAUUUGAGUUGGCAAAAUGUGACUUUCAGAGAGUGCUAGAAGUGAAUCCACAGAAUAAGGCAGCCAAGUCACAAAUUACCAUGUGUCAGAAGAAAACAAAGGAGCACAAUGAACGGGACCGAAAGAUAUAUGCCAACAUGUUCAAGAAAUUUGCAGAAAGAGAUGCAAAGGAGGAGGCCAGUAAAACUACAGAAGAGAAGGAGGAAAAGCCAUCUUCAGAAAUUGAGCUUAAGAAGACAGUGACUGAAGGCAGUGAAUCAGAGGGCCAUGUAUGACUGUGCAGCAGAAGGACAAUCCUGAAUUUAGCCUGCACCCAGACAGGUUUCUGAAGAACUCAGAAAUUCUACAGUGUUUAAUGUAAAGUUUGUUUCAAUAGGCAUUAUUGUGGAAGCAAAAGCCUAUCCAGAAGCUUCACAAGAAAUGAUAAAAUUACUGCUACUGCUGUGACCAUGCUCAGCAGUGUACCAUAAACCAAGGACAGCAUGGGACCACUUCAAGUGGAACAAAUGGUUCAGUAACAAAUACCCACAAUGGUUCUUGAUUAUAGAUGGCUCAGAGCUCAUUUCAGUUUGCAUCAGGCAGUGACCAGGAUAGGGCCCUACAGUGAUAAGAAUACAGGAACUGUCAGUUGCAUUUGGUUGUGUUCGUGGUAGCACCACAUGGGUAUAUUCUGCAUGUCAGAAAGAAAGGCCCAAGUGCUACCAAUUCAAGGUGCCACUCUCGUGUUAGUAGAAUCAAGUGGAAAACAUUUUUAAAAGUCAGACUCCUGGGAUGUUAUUCUCUCUGUCUUGUAGUUCCAAUGGGUUUCUGUAGCACAAUAGUUUCUCAGGGAACUGAGUAGUCCAAAUCGUGCUAUUAUUGUUGUUCUUGUUAUUAAAUGAUUGCUUGCUGGCAAGGUCCCCAAUCAAUUGAUGACUGAGUACAGCAGAAAUGCCAGCUUCUGGGCAUGAGCAUUUCCCACCUCUCAUUCCCCACUGGGGUAUAAAUAUGAUCAGCACCAAACAGCGCUGAUUAGCUGCUGCAGGAUUAGCUGGACUGAACGAGGCCACUUCCCCCCCCUCUUUCCAGGAUCAGUUGAGUGUGGACAUAGGGAUGCUCGAGGACAGUAGCCUUUUUCCUUUUUAAUGCAUUUUUUGUGCUGUGUGGGACAAAUGUAUGCAGUAAUCAACUUGAAUUAUGUGUUGAGACCUAUUGAAUGCAUUGCUCAAGUUUAUAACAUAGUAGCAAUCAGGAUAUUUUUUAAAAAAGAAAGAAAAACAUUUUCUUUCAAAAAAAUCUUUAUGAUUAGUUUUAUCAGUAAUACAGUGACAUGUUUUGUAACAUUAAAAACACUUUUAGAAACUAAAUUCGUAAUUCGGUUUUAAAACUUUUUGCUCAUUCUGGGAAUCCUUCUUUAAACUCUUGUUUGGAUCCCCCUGAAGCUGUCAGCUUGUUUUUGAAUGCUUUGUAAAACAAAGUGGGUCCACUCUCAAUGCUAUAAAUGGUAGGGCGGGCAGUGUUUUAGAUGUGAAGGUGAAAAAGCUGAUUCAGAGUGCACAAAAGUGCAAACAACACCCAUCGGCAACAGUUUAAACCAAACUCAUCUUUUUCCAGAAUUGCACACCAAACCUUCAGGAGAUCCUGGAAAAAAAUGAGGCUGCUUCAGGAAAAUGGCUUUGAAUCUGAAGUGCCAAACCAUUUUGCCUUCAAAUCCAAAACACUACUCAGCCCUAAUAAAUAUUUCUUAAAUAUUUUUUUCAGGAUAAAGCAGUGAGUAUUUGCUGCAGAUGGCUCAUAUCAGUCUGCAUUCUAUCUCAAUCAUUCAUUAAUAGCACUGAAAUUCAUUUGAGUGUUCAUUCCUAGGGAAAUAUAAUUUUACUUAAGCCCCAUUGGCAGCAUGUUUGCCUCAUUGCUUUCAGUGGUGCUUAUGAAACUAAUUUUUUCUCUGGGUCUGGAUCAACAUGUUUACUGAUCUGUGAUGGAACAUUACAUUUCAUCGUGCAUAGAGCUGUACCUCCAUUACAGAAUGUGUAGGGCAUUUUGCUUUCCUGUAUGUCAGAUGGGCAACACUGCUAUAUUUUAAAUUUGUUUAGUAUUUUCAAUGUUAAUUUCUCUUGGAGUUUAACACAUGCUUAACUUUUUUUUCCCUGGUGGUUUUCUUCUCUGAUAAAAUGCAGUUUUAUGUUCUUUUCUUCUUCCUUUCUUUUCUCAUUGAAAUCAUUGUUCUCUCUUUUCUGCUAUUAUUCCACUGUUUAAUUAUAUAUAGGUAGUUCUCGACUUACAACAGUUCAGUUUACAACAGUUUACAAACAGACUGUUUGAAGUUACAACGGCACUGAAAAAAGUUUAUUGGAUUUUUGGAUUUCUAUACCGCCCUUCUCCCAGGGGACUCAAGUGACUUAUGACUACUUUUCACAUUUACAACCAUUGCAGCAUCCCCUCAGUCACAUAAUCAAAAUCCAGACACUUGGCAACUGACUCAUAUUUAUGAUGAUUGCAGUGUCCCGGGGUUAUGUUAUCCCCUUUUGUGACUUCCUGACAAGCAAAGUCAAUAGGGAAGCCAGAUUUACUUAACAACCAUGUUAUUAACUUAAUGAUUACAGUGAUUCACUUAACGAUGCUGGCAAGAAAGGUCGUAAAAUGGGGCAAAGCUCACUUAACAACAAUUAGCAACAGAAAUUUGAGCUCAGUUGUGGUCGUAACUCAAGGACUACCCGUAUUAACAUGAACAGAGAAGAGAUAAAACUUCAUUGGCAUUAUUUUUACACUUACGUGAAACUUUAAGUUCCUUUGUUUUAAUAACAUGGAGAUAUACCCAGUCUCGGAUUAGGAAAGCAGUAUCUAUUGGGAGUAGGCAGAUCUUCUGAUGGUGCUAUCUGAAAUCUGAAUGAUAGAUUCUUGUUGGUAGAUUCUGUUCAUUUUAACAGAAACUAAAUUUUAUUUACCACGGUUAAUGUAGCUUUUGAUUUGUUAUAUACCUCUCCACAUGUACCCAAAUUUCUGUACAGGAUGCUAAGAUAUGGAAGGAAUAAUAGGGCUGUCUAGAGUAGACUGACCAGCAAUUUCGGAUACAUGUCCCAAUGUUCAUUUUGUUACAUAGCUGAUUAUAUUAUAUUUCUAUACCAAAUUAUAGAGUUCAACAUUAUUUUCAUGAGCCAUAUUGACAUAGUAGGGAGCAACUCUUUCAGAUUUAGAGUGCAAGUUAUAAUUCUCAUUUUUGCUUUCUGUGUUCAUAAACUGUAUGAAUUAUUGAAAGUCUUAAUAUAAUAAGCAUCCACAAUAAACAAAGAAGAUAAAAAUUCAUUCUGAAUGAAAAUUAUCCAACAAUAGCAAAAGAAUGAUUUUUUUUGUGUUGCAAUAUUUCACCACUGACACAAUUUAGUACAAGCAGUAAUGUGUCCUGUUGCCUGCUAUUUGUUUUUUCAAAGAGGAACAUGAGCAAAUGGAAUGUCAGUCUUAGACUAUAGAUGGAUAUGUUAUUUUGUUUUGUUUGAACAGCGAAUUUUGAGAAGACUCAGCUUGAUCUUCCAGAAGAUGUUGAUUUACGAUGCUAGCUAUGGUUUCAGUUUCACCAUGAAUGUUUUCGCUACAAGAAAGAUUUUCUGUUUGAAAUACAUAAAACUUUAAUGAGUAGAGGCAUCUCCCAGAUAGGGAGGAUUAGCAUAUGCUAUUGCCCUCCAAAUAUUAUGUGGUAUCCAAAAUGUGUUCCAAUUCUUUUAGAAAGGUUACUUUCUGUGGGCCUAAAAUCUGUGACUGAAAUAAAGUCACAUUUGUUUUAGACUUUCCACCUGUACCAGUUCCUAUAUUUUUAUGCUAUCUAUCAUAAUUUUAACAUGGAAUCCUGGGCUUCAACUAAUCUUCCCUUUCUCUCAUAUCUGUACCAUUACUCUCGUUUCUCACCAAAUUAACACUAAACUCACAACUUUGCCGAGGGUAUCUGUUUAGUGUGAUGUGGCUUGGAAAUAUAUACCUCUAAGGUGGAUGUUGAACAUUUCCUGUUUUGCAUCCUGUAGAUUCUUAGCUUAUUUUUAGUUACAUGACUGUUGGAACAUCAAGAUAACUACAUCUACCUCAGUAAUGUGGCUUUUCUUUUGUUAUUCAACUCAGCCAUUUGAUGCUUGACUACUUGCUCUAAAUUAAGUAGUUUUUUCAGAACUAUUCUAUGCUGAAGAGAAAUGCUGAAGAGAAAUUCAGUUUUAUUAUUUCAUAUAUAUGGAUUAUAUUUUGCUAAAGAUAGUAUAGAGAGAGAAAAUAAAAUAAUUCAGUUCAGCCAUCAGUGAGAUUUCUAUAUGAUUUUUCUUCUCAACUAUCUUUUUUUAAAGAAACGACCACAUGAUUGCUACUGAUAGGAAUCAAUUAUCCUUUGCUAUCCAGACGUUGCUAUACAUAUGUAGUUGCUAGUAAACUACUCAAAGGCUAUUUUUGUUGAGGUCUCCUGUUGAAGAAAGAAAAAUAUAAUCAUUAGCAGUACAGUACACAACUUCAGGAACCGUUUUCUUAGAUAUAUCAAUUGUUUUCAAAAACAAUAAUUGUUUUGUUUAACUUAAAUUGCCCCUGGAUUGGACAAAUGUUUUUACUAUCUGUGGACUCUUAGAAAUGCUAAUAUAUAGUGCUCUCACCAGGAACAGGUUUGCCAGUAUCAAUGCUCCACUAAUGGAUCUUAUAUAACAUGAAAUAGAUGAAUUGUUCACUAAUUUGUGCAAUCUUGCUGUUUUGAUUUCUACUCACUCACAUGGGCUUUGUGAUUUCUACUCACUCACAUGGGCCGUAAUCCACAUUAUAUCAGUUUCAAAAUUUUACAUUAUGACUGACUAACUAUUGGCUUACACAGUUUGAUGCUCAUAUCAAACAGAGAAUACCAAAUACUUAAAUUCCUGUAUUUCUCUCUAAUCUUCAUUUUUCUAUUUCAUUUUGCUAAUGGAGGCAAACUUUGACAUCUAUAUGAUACCUAAUAUAUUUUCAUCUAUUUCCAUAAGGCCUUAAUUCCACAGUCAAUAAGUAAACUAAUCUGGCCCAUUAUUCCUGACUGCUUUUUUUCUUUUUCCCCUUGUGAUGUCCUAUCUAAAGGAUCAAUAGAUUUUGAUCAAAGAUAUAUCAUUAUAUUUGACCUUGGUAGCUAGCAAAACAUGCAGUUGUGUCAAUUUGCCUAUUUCUUAGGUCACAGGAAAAGACCAGGACUUGUGCCUAUAGCUCUGAUGGACUCUCAGAGAUAUUCAUGAAGAAUGAGAAUAUUUCACUGUUUCAAAGUGCCUCUAAAUCCUAAUUUUGCAGAUUACCAGUCUCUCACUUUGUGCCUGUUAGCCAUGCUAAAUUCAAUGACUCACUCAAGACUAAAAUGCAGAUCUAUAUAGUACUUCACAGAAUUAUGUCCAAACCAACCUGAUUUUGCUUUCCACAUGAAGUAUUUUCUGGGUAGCGUGCCCUAGCAAUGCCUGUUGGUGUCUUAAGAACAUAAUGCCUGAAAAAAUAGGCUAACAGUCCUUCCAAAGGAAUAUUGCUGCUGAGGGUUUUCUCUAUAAAUAUUACAGAUGUGUAGAAAUAUAAAUAUUACAGAUAUGUAGAAAUGGUCAAUUAUCCUGUGUAAUGUCUAUUGCUGUGUCUAUUUUCCUACUUUCUAAGUCCUCACCUAUCCUGAAUUACUUGUAAAGUGGAGUGCCAAGUUAACAGUUCGAAGAGUUUUCAAAUGGGACAGAUGGAUUUGUGAAGGAUAGGUCUGUAAAUAAAACUACUGACUAAGAUGCAGCUUCUAUCUUAACGAAGAAUGUAUCUUAGGUAACAGACAGUGGGAGGGAAAUAAAGAGAAGUUGCUGUCUUAUUUUGCUUUGUGAGUCAUCCUUCUGAAAGCAUUUACCUGCUCAAUGUGGCAAACAGAAUGUUGCAAUAAUGGGCUUUAGCUUUAAUUUCUCCAAGCAAUGUUUUACUUGUUUCAUUCUCCAAAGUUUAGCUUAUAUAUAAAUAUGUACUAAGCACAUCAGAAUUAUCCAGGCAUUGUAUUGUGUAUCGUGUUUUUCUUGAAUCCUGGUAGAUUCUGCCCCACUAAUUGUAAAAGCGAUCUUGGAGAAGCUGUAUAUUGGAGCUCAGCAAGAUGUAAGAUUGAAGUUAGUUUCAAGCUUCAGAGGUUGAUAUGUGAGAAACCUCAACUCAUUUUAAUAGUAUUAAAUGUAUCAGAAAAAUUAUAAAAUAGUCCUUUAAAGUUUAAACUGCUAAAAUGGAAUGCCUCCUUUACUAACCACGCAACUGACACUUCAGUGACAGAAAGCACAGGGCAACAGUGGAAACUGAAUCCCAGUUGAAGACACAUAAUGCAAUGCUAUUACUUUGAUUUUCUGCAAUAUAUAAAGAGUUACGAUAUUGAUGCUGCAAGGCUUGUGCACUUUUUCUUAAAGGAUUAACUAUUAUGUUUGGAGUGAGCUAUACAAUAGCCUCCACAUUACACUUCUAAGACUUUGCUGAGACAAGUAAUGGAUAUCAUUACUGCAAGGACAGUUGUCCAAGGACAGUUGUUCCGCAUCCAGCCUGAAAUUGCAAAUUGCAAAAUUGUUUAAGGGAGGAAAAACUGCUUUUGUGGCUAUAUCAAUGCUCUGUAUUGCUUGCUUCUUUUGAGAAGCCAGGUUGUUUAUAUUUGUGUUAUUACUCAUUUACCUUACUUUACAUUUGCUAUUGUAAGAAGAGAACCAAUUUGAUAUAAUGGUUAAGGCAUCAAUUUAGGAUCAGAGACUGUGAGUUGUAGACUCUGCCUUAAGCACAAAAUCAGCUAGGCCAAUCAUACCCUCUUAGCCCUAGGUAGCAGGCAAUAGUAAAUUACUUCUGAAAUCUUGUCAAGGAAAUCAUAGGGACUUGUCUAGGCAAUCACAAGGAGUCAACACUAACUCAAAGGUACAAUAAGUAAAACAUCUGCCAAGACUGCCGAGUGACCUGUGGGCGUCACCAUAUUCCUCAUCCAUCUUCUUGUCACUGAGAUUGAGUUUUCAACUCCUGUGAAUGCAGAUGUGGCCUUUCACACGUUAUCUUGAUGUAGGCUACAUAAUGAAUUUUUUGUCUCCAGGAUAAAAAUGAAAGCCAAGGCCACUUAAGGGAGAAAAGACUGAAAGCUCUGCUUGCCCAGCAUGUGAAACUGUAAACGCUGUUUAACGAAGUAUGCUAGCUAAUACAAAAAUUAAUCGAACUACAGGAUGUAUUACUGCCUUGUGUAUAAUCACAGCAUCAUGUCAUCAUGUUAAAUUGUGUGUGUGUUGGCUUAAUUUGUUCUGUUAACACAACCAUUAUUGUUUGUUACUCAUGCCUUAUGGAUUAGCACGUGCAAAAUAACCGGUGUUUCAAUUACCACUUAGAGAAAAAAGCUGAAUAUGCUGUUGACUUCAGAGCAGAGACUCUGCACCUCUUUGCUUCAGAGGAAUUGGCUGUCUCUGGUGAGGUAAUGAGUUCUACCCAAUAUUUUCUUGAAAACCUUGAAGAGCUCUUGAAGCAAUAGAGCUGGGAAAUAAUAUUAUUCUGAAGUGCCCUCAAGCCAUGAUGCAAAUGCAACAAAAACAGACACCACUACCAUAAAGUUGGUGGUUUGCUAUUUGGAUGUGUGUCUCCCUCUCAAUUUCCCCUAUAAAGGCAGAGGCUUAUAGAGUCUAUUUAGUUCUCACCUAGUUGGCCUUAAAGUAUUGCUACUCAAGGGGACAUCUGAUUCUUUUCUCUUCCAUGCUGCUAGAGGCCUAUAAUGAUAAAUAAUAUCAUUGCUCUCGUAUAGGUAGUUGAAAAAAAAAGAUACAGCCACAGUACAGCCUUAAAUCAGUGGAAGAUUUUUCCCUCCUUUUGUGGAUUCCUUUUAGAAUAAGGAACCCACAUUUUUUAUUGCAAGGAAAUUUUUCACAAAGCAUUUCUGCAAACUUUGCUAUUUCUUCUGUCAAUUGGCACCUCCAUGACUACCAUACAUGUGCAUGAAUGCACAUGCAUUGCGCCAUUGCAUGUAUGUUUGCCACAUUAAAGCAAAUGGACAGUUCACCCCAAAUAUGAGAAGAAAGGCAAGGGUGAUGGUUGAACCAGUGCUUGACCUAAAGCUUGCAAAGUUGGAUUUAGAUUACUGGUGAAGUAUUUGUUAUGCCAGCUCUUUAAAUACAGAAUAGGUAUUCAUUCUGUGAGGCUAUUUAUACAUACUUAAUUCUUGGAGUUUGGUCAUUUUUUCAUAUCCAUCUGUAAUUCAUCAUAGACUAGCUGAAAAAUGAAAGUUAACACUGUAAAGAAAACCACUAUCUUAAAAAAGGAAGUUAUCCCAUUUCAUAUUGAAAUCCACCCAAAAUAAUUGUGAUAGAUGCAUAUUGUCAAUUAGCUACCUUAUUUUUUGUCCAGCAAGAGAGUCUAAAGGAAUGUUUCCAAUAGAAUUUUAACUUGCAAAAGAGCAGUAGAGUAGCAUCACCCUAUAAGACAUAUUGAAAUAUAGCACAAUAAAUUAAUAUAUCUCUAGUGGAACAUGGCUGUGCUGAGUAGAAAAUAACAAACCUGAAUUCUUAAAAAAAAAACCUUUUUUUUAAAAAAAUCCCAUAACUGAAUAGGAAGCUGAGUUCUGUGGUGCUUAAAUUAGCAUAUUGCUUAUAUAUUGCACACAGAUGGGCUGUUCCAAACAUGAUCUAGAAAUUUGUGUAUCUUUGAAAGGCAAGACCUUCCCAAAAUGCCUGUUUCAGUGACUUAAAGCACUUAAAAGUGUUGGGGAAAUUAUUUUAACCCCUAUUUGUAUGAAAUAACGAAACAAAAAUAAAGUCUGACCUUUUUUCUCAGCA